AUGCUCGCAACUGGCGGCUCAAUCACCAAAGUCGUCGAAAUCCUCAUCGAAAAGGGCGUAGCACCGGAAAACAUCGUCUUGGCCAACGUCGUCGCAUCCAAACAGGGACUCGACACGGUCGUGAAGAAGUUUCCUGAUUUAAAGAUUGUUACCGCGGCGUUGGAUCCGGAUUUGACUCCUUCGAAGUUUAUCUCGCCUGGUCUUGGGGAUUUUGGGGACCGGUAUUAUGGGACGGUGGAGUAG